UCAUUGUUAUCAUGAUAGUGGGGUUCGCAGGGGGCCGCCAUUGCCAUGAUCAAAGUUUCCCCGGCCGGUUGCCAGUGCUGCGCUGUUGAUUUUGACAACGGACAAUACGGUAUUCAGGUCAGAGCGCCCACUGACUUGAGCACAGGCAUUCUACUUUGCUACUGUUGCUUCGGGCCAGGGCUGCCUUGAUUGGACAUGUAGGAACAAACCCGCCCUGCUUCUGCUUCUGCGCUUUUGCUUUUAGUUUUGGUAGUCAUUCAUUUGUAAGACACCAACAACUGAUUUCGAUAAUGGGGGGGGGGGUCCUCGCCGUGCGGUAGUGUUCGAGGGGGGCUUGUCAACAGAGUCGCCCCGUUGUCCACUGUUGACCUCCUUUGCUUAAAAUUGUGGUAUGUACUGUUCCCCGCUUUUCUUUAAGGGACGGGACUCCAGCUUCAUUAUUCUAACAACUCCAGACCAUCUCCAAGGCACCGCCUCAAGGUCCGCAGAGGAAUGGGUGGAGAAUUGGGAGAAGAAAAUAAAAACUGGGAAUGGGAUUCAAUUGAAUAUCGGCCUAUCGUGAGAUCCCUUGGUGUUAUAGGUUACGGUUAACAGAUUUCGAGCGUACUAUGAUACUUGUACAUGCCGGCCAAAUUUCCAUUACCGUUUUGAAUGGUCAUUCGCCAUAGGAGCCCCACCGGCUAGACAUUUCAAUCUCGCCCUUUUUCUUUUUUUUCUUUCCCUCCCUUUCUCUCGCGCCUCAGAUGGAAUCAAUGACAUGAUGGCCGGUGUGAGCUGGGCUUGAUUGAAGGGUCGAGAGAGGGGCGUCCCCGCUGUGACGUUAACAACCAGCCGCUUUGCGCGGGGGUCUUGGUUUUCUUUUUUCUUCUUCCCCGAUAACUCCUCCUCCGAGUAAUAUAAAAGCCCACUCUACCAAAAGUGGUUCUCCCGUGGGGAACGGCGCACGAGAGCUCGAGAGAGAACAAGAGAUAAAGUUACGUCGCCCAGGAACGAAAACCAAAGGAAACAAAAUAAGGGGUUUGUAGGAACAACCUUGUUCGCGUGCCCAGCAGAGUACUCUCCCUUUUUUAUAUUUCACUUUCUCUGCGUUGAGCAAAUGCGAAUUUUCGGAAUCAUUGUUUCUAUACGGUAGCAGCACCAAGAGUUCGAGCUUGAUCCGAUGUCACCCCCCACAAGUGCCGAACAGAGAGCGAAAAUCGAAACUUUGCUGGCUGACGGAAAAAUCCCACGCAAGGAUAUUGGAAAGCAUGUUGAUCCUCCCGUGUGCUAUGGAACAGUAGUGCGCAUUCAGAGAAAUCUAAAAAAGUAUGGCACAACGAAUAAACCGCGUCAAGGUGUUGUUGGAAGGCCUGCAAAGAUAACUGAGCCCAUGGCACAGGUGUGUAAGAAUUCACCUUUUAUUUCUCUUCCCCCCCUGGGGGGGGUUUUUCAAUUCCCUCUAUUCACGUGGUGCAUUUUUCAAACUAUCUUUAGGCAGUGCUGGAGGCCUUGACCGAGAAGCCGGAAAUGUAUCUAGAGGAGCUCGCCCGGGUGCUACAUGAUGAGUUUGACGAAUGGGUGAGCGUCGCGACAUUGAGCAGAUAUCUGAAAAAGGAGGGUUGGGUAAAGGAGAAGGUAAGUAAGCUGUGGCAAAGAGGGCUCAAAAUUGUCAUAAUCAGAACUGAUGGACGGUAAACCUAGGACGGCGAGAAUUGCACUCCCCCGGCCCAUCCGGCAUCUGUACGAGCGGGAGCAGGAGCAGCAAAAAAUAAGACGACUGAAUCGGAGUCGGAGUCCUCAGUUACCACAGAUGAGGGCCAGGACGAAAUGGAUCAGGCGGUGGUAGCCAUAAUUCCUGCUCCUCCACUUCCCAUGACCCCGGAGCUCCAGCAAAGGCUGCAGAAACUCAACAACUCGGCCAUGAGGUUCUUCAGCGCAACCUUGAGUAAAGAUCCCACAGCAGACCUAUCACCAUUAUUUGAAAAGUACAGAACCCUCUACCCUGCACGUCGGGAGAGGGCACAUGAAAAGUCUGCAGCUACGGGUACGUAGUUAAUCACCGCAACCUAGUGAUCAGCUCUAAUAAUAUCAACUAGUCGAUGUGAGUCCAGUGACAACCGCAGUUCAAAGAGUUUCCCAUGGUACGUCCGACAACGUCGUUCAAUGGAGUAGACGGCCAGCACCACAACCGCAGAGAACGGUAUCGCCCGCCGUCCAAACACCGGUCUCGCCAUUCCCUCCAGCCCAGACCCCAACCGAUGCCAAGCUUCAGGAAUUGUCCCCAACGCCUUCUGACCAGUCCCGAAAAUCAUGAGUCUUCCGAGACUCGGUGGAUUAGAUUUGAUGUGGUUCGGUAAUUGCAACAUAGCAGCGAAGGCUUACCCUUGGGUUUUUGUUACUGUGUACGUCACUCGAGGGCUUAGUGAUUAGUUAUAUCAAUCUUGUGUUUUGUAUGUCGAAGGAUGAUUCUUUCUUUCUUUCUUUCUUCUCGCGCCCUUUUUCUUUCCCCUCCCCUACUUAUCCAGUGUUUCUCGGUGGUUUUGCGUUUCUCUUAGGAUAGUUAGUGACAAUCAAAAGCGUUCGACACCC